GGCCUCCUCGAUAUGUAGCAAGCUUUGUGUAGCGCCGUCUUUCUUUCUCUCUGCUAUUCUUGCGCUACAAUAUUAUGUCGUUUAGCAAGCACCAACUCGCCCAAGAAAAAAUUACAAUGCAGCUAUGCGCACAGGCACAUUUUUUGUUUACGAGCUGUGAUUGCGCGCUGUGAUUGCGCGCGUACUGCAAGCCACUGUGGCUGGUACAAAGCAGUGACGACCACUUUUGAUCGCGAUUCUCGACUGCUAUUGGCUCCCUCGCGCAGCUUACGCAAAUGAGCCAAUCACGACCGAGAACUUCGAUCUAGAUCGGGCUUGAUCGCGAUGAAUAGUGCGCCAUGUGACACCCGUAUUAGCGUUCUCGGGCGAAACCCGCUAAUUCCCAAUUUCUUCACCCCGGAUAAGUUGUAUAAAAGUUGGGUUAAACCCUAUUUUUUUUCCCCCGGAGUUCCGCCCUUUCGUAAAAGGAAUAAAUGGAGGAAUAGAUGGAGAGAAACCAAUUAACGCUGCCCACGUUGUGUGAGCAAGGGGUCAGGACUUAAUUCAUUAUUAAUAUGCGAUAAGCAUUCUUUGGGAACUCCACCUAGUUUGCUAUAUGUGUGUCGGCAUGUAUGCUUGUACACGGUUUACCUCUUUGUCACCAACUUGGUUCAUUGGGUAGUCCAUGGUUUAAUGGGUAUCAGCUAGGCUGCUGUGCUGAGGGAACCGUGAUUGAAACCAACCGUUGGACCAACUAGGGCCACUGACUAUGUGACAGGGCAUGUGCCGCUCUUCAUUUAAGCUCUUUCACGCCAGCUUAGGUCGCUGGGUAUGUGCUACUGUGUAUGCAGGUGCCACUCUUCAGUGACAAAAUUAUGCGGAUCCCACGUACUGUGAGAAUCGAUGUAAGCAACGCUUUCUGUGCUGUUUGCUUUGAUUGAAGAUAAUUAGCGGUGAUGUUGACGGCGAAUGUUCAAAUUCUUGAACGUUUAGUCCAAUACAAAAGUAGUGAGCUGAUGUUAAACGUUGCCUUGCGUGCACCACUUCAGUUUGUAUGUGUAGAGCACAGAACACACGGGGAGACGUGUUUGCUUGAGGCAUUGUACAACAUUGUUCAUAACCUCUGAGACAGUUGAGCAUUGCCAUUGCCUCACAUGGCACAUCGCAUCGUGGCAGAAACGUUCAAGUUUAAUUGAAUAGGGCUGUACGUGCCAAAACCAUAAUCGGAUUAUGAGGCAUGGCACAAAGGUGGACUCCGGAUUAAUUUUGACACCCUGCUGUUUUUUAAGGUGCACCUAAAUCUUAGUGCACGAGCGUUUUUGUAUUUCACUCCCGUCGACAUGUGGGUUCUGCAGUUGGAAUCGAACCCGCGAUCUCGAACAAUGUCAGCCGCAAAGCUACCGCGGCGGGCACAGAAGUGUUGAUUUGGCGUUCGACCACUUCAGUAGCGUUGCCUAGACUCUAUGGUGCUUUAAUGCGGUUUUGUGUCUACUCUGCGUCAGUUGUCCGCUUGACAAAUUUGCAUGGUGUUUAUUUUUCAGAAAAAGCAUAAAUGUACCAUACCUUCAGUUUGCCCACAACAGCUGCAUCGUUUCCUUGCCUUCUCACGUCACGCCCCUAUCCCACCCUCCCCCCUUGUAUGGGAACUUUCCCUACCUCCUCUCUGCCAUUCUAUCUACCUCCUCUCUAGACUUGCAUGUUAGUAGAAAGGUAAGCGCUGCAGUUUCUGCAGUGCUUUUGCGGGGAGUCACAGAUAAUUACAGCGGUCAAGAGGCCAAUGUGGUGAUGCCCAUGGAGCUCCAGAGGGCAUUGAGCACGUGCGACGCAAUGGAAAGUGACCUGUCUGUGCCAGGCUUGCCUUGAUAGCUCACUUUAACAAAGGUCAGAGCCAGCAGAGCCUCACUGUUUUUCAGUAUGUUUCAAAUAAUAGCUGCUCUGAGUUCCGCAAAGCAUCUGCGGUGGGUACCCUUGAGGUGCCGAGUUAUUAGUCAGUGCCACACUGCCACCAGUGAGGUCCCAGUUGUGGAGCGCGAGGUCCGAGAACUGCAGAUUCCCAUUCCGUAUGGGCACCUGGCUGCAAAACAGUGGCUGCCCACGUCUGCUGAAGACCCACGCCGACGUGUUCUCCUGCUGCACGGUUACCAGGACAAUGCUGGUAGCUUUGACCACCUUGUGCCAACGCUUGACUCUCGAUGGCACGCUGUGGCCCUUGACUUCACGGGCCACGGCCUAUCUUCUCACUUGCCCAAAGGGACACCGUGUAUUUCAAUGCAGUUUUGGCUCGACAUAUCACGUGCAGUUAAUCAUCUUGGCUGGAGUCAAUUCUCCCUGAUUGGACAUAGUGUAGGAGGUCAAGUGGGCUUGCACUAUGCCUGCAUCUAUCCUGAGAGGGUCCAAAAUUUAGUGAUGAUUGACUCCUUGGCUCCUAUGUAUGAGCAACGUAGCAGACUUUCACAAAGCUUAAGAGAAAUGUUAGAAGGCAACUUGCGGCUUGAACAGAAGGAUCUCAGCAAGCCGCCUGUCUACACGGAAGAGGAAGUGAUAAAGCUUUACAAGCAUAGCCUCGUUCCAGGCUACCUUCCGGACAACAUUAGAACACUGAUGAAACGUGGUUGCAAGCCUGCUGGAGAUGGUCGUUACAUCCUGACCAAGGACACACGGCUUAGGUACAUCCAGUGGACUCGGAUAGACAGUGCUGCUCUAAAAAAAUAUUACAGUGGCUACACCAACAACCUCCUGGUAGUGAUGGCCGUUCCUGGCUUCGGGGCCACAUCUGCAAAGCACAAGAUACUGUCCAACAUCUGUGAACAAAACUGCCGAACAUUUCAGAUUGUUGAAGUAGAGGGCAACCACCAUAUUCACAUGACUUAUCCAGAUGCAGUGGCUAGUCACAUACGUCCCUUUUUAGAAGCACACUGACGUGAUAAAUAAUACAGUAACCUCAAUUUUCCUUUGUCAUACCUUAUCCUUCCAAGCCGCCAUGGAGAUAAUUUUUGCUCAGUGGGUGAUGCAUGUCUUCACUGAUGCUGCAUGUUGUGGAUGAUGUCAUCUAUGGCCUCAAGGUGACUGUGCUGUGUAUACUGCUGUUAUUUGGCAAGCCUGGAAGAACAUUCGAAAUUUAAACUGUGAGAAAACUUCACUACGAGUCGGAAUCAAGUGUCAAAAAAAAGGGGGGAGGGGGGGAGGCAGAACACAGUUAACUUGGAUAAAUGUGAAAAUUGGCAGCUGGCAUUCAUCAUCGCUUCUGCGUUCCUUUUGCCUUCUUAUUGUCCUUGUGCUACUUUCAUUCACUGUGUCCCAACUAUACAAUAAAAAUGUUCUACUUAAGUUCAAAACACGUCAUUCUUCUGCUUUGCAUAUUGAAACUGUAGAUGGUGCCAUUUUGCCACAAGUUGUAGAAUACAUUGCUCCAUACCAAAAAAAAAAAAAUAUUCAGGGUGGACCUCUGGGCACUUGCACAGAAAGCAUCUGAAUUGACAAUUUAAGAAUGUAGCUUGAACUUCUAUGUUGUAACAUUUCUAUAUCAUAAUUAAUAUUGUGCAUGCAGCUUUUACAAGAGGAAGUACAAAUUCAAUAAGAUUUGUCAUACAGAAGUCACUGGGACAGUGAGGAAACAUUGUUUUACACAGUCUUUCAAAAAAAAAAAUACCAUUCACAUAUUUAUAGUAAAGUAAUGCACUUCAGCGCAGCGUAGACCUCUUGAACAAAGAUCAUUGCAGCAAAGUGCUUGUUACCACCUAUGCAACAGAAUGAAUUCUACCACACAAAAAAUAUGCACUACUUGACGAGCCUGCCACCCAUAAUGGUUCACUUGGUGUCUUAGCCAGCCCCAGAAAUUUGUUUUUGCCACUGCUGCACUUCACUUUGCUAAGAAAGUGAAAAUUCUUGCAUGUCUUUGAAGGGACACUGCAGUAGCAUGCUGUAUUAGUAAAUUACGCAAUAGCAGAACAUCCAUUCUUGAUAUGAAAGGAGGGUGGUAAGCCAGAAAGUCCUAAAAACAAAAGACUGCUGGCAACACCACCCUGACAUUCCUGCAUCAGCUUGGCAUGACAUCAAGGAUUUUAAUAGCGUACGUCUGCUCGAGUAUAGUUAAUUGUUUAUCGUUAAAGGACUACAUUGUAUUCUAAAAUAGCCAGGCAUAUACCUAGCAGUAACUGUUCCUGCACCAUAAUGGCCCAAAUACAAAAAAAAAUGUGUAUUACUUAGAAAUCUGUAGUGUCACACUGACGUACCUGUGCCAUGAUUUCUGCAUGAAAUUCAAGAAAUGGGACCACUAAAAGACACGGGAAUGACAUUGUGCUCCAUCAUUUCUGUUUGCUUUGUCUUUUUGUGGUUUGUCAGUAGUACUCGGUGCAUUAUAAGAUGAGCCACUAGCUAGCCUAAUUUCUUGCCAUACUGAGAAAAUGGAAGUUCUGCCUUUAUAAUUGCUUGAGUUAUAAUCAACCUUUUGUAAUCCAAAUCAAUGAAAAUAAAGUUUUGAAACAAUUUACCAGUCUAAA